UUAUUUUUCCGUUAGUUCUGCGCGUACGCAGUUCUCUGUGCGAAGCGACAACAUGCGGUCGCAUAAGUUGAGGAUCGCGGUGUUCGCCAUUUUACUAACAGGUUAUACAUACGGACAAAAUCCGCCAACAUUGUUGACCCUUGACGAAGGUGCAACUUUACGUACUGUUGUCCUGACAUUUACUAACGAGGUAGAAAGAUGUUAUCUAGAAACACCAAGCGGCUUAAAAGUUGAAUUUAAACCAAAUGACGAAGGAAAUGAUAAAUUUCAAUUAUUACCAGACACAGACGUAACUCAAUGUCAAGCUAAUGUGAACCACAUCGAUGUGAACGAUAACGGCGUGUGGACACUUAAAUCGGAAUUAUCUACUGGAUCUAUUCUAUCACAAUCUUACAAUGUAACUGUGAAUAAAACAUCAGACAAUACUGCAGACGAUGAUGAUGUUGAAAGCGAUACUGCAGAUAUAGAAGAUUUAGAAGGCCAGUACUUUGAUACUACAAUAGGUGCCAAUCACACAGUUUUCAUCAGAGAUUAUGCCUUUGUAACCAGUGAGAGAUGUAUCCUUAUAACACCUUCGGGUACACGGCACAGCUUCGAAGAGUUGAAUCUAGAAGACAUCGAAGUAAUCAAUCACCCAGGCGCUACUUGUGCUAUAAGAAUUACCAUCAAUUCCGAUGAUGUUGUUGGAAAUUGGUCGCUGUUAGCUGAAGGUUCAAGAUUUUCCGAAAAUAUUAUAAGAAGAUUACCAUUUACAAUCCAUGUCGAAGAAUUCGUUGAUGCCUCUGUAAGUGAAGUUAUUGUAGUCGAAGGCAAUGAUCUCUACGCUCGAUUGAAGAAUUCUAUACCUAAUUAUGAUACUUGCAGACUUCUGGGACCUGAUGGAAAUGAAUAUAAUGCCUUUGAAAAAGAUAGUCGAUUCGUUGAAAACUGUGGUUUUAUUGUUAGGAACCUUCAAACAACACAAAGUGGAGAAUGGAAUAUCGUUUAUGGACAUAGAAUCGUUUAUAGGGCCCCCAUUAGUGUGACAGUAAAUGUUGCUGCGACUGGAGGAGCAACAAAUCUUGUAUGGAACAAAGAUCGACCAGUUUCAGUCAGUCUUGGAGCAGAAGAUGCAGUGUACUGUUCCUUAACUGGCCCAGAUGGCUCAACAUUUUAUGAUGGUUUCGGUAGAUGUAAGGUCGCUAUCGACAGAGCAUCAAAGGCACAUGAAGGUGUUUGGAGGAUGAAUGUCGGCUUACCUGGUCGAGUCCUCACUACAAACUCAGAGUUCCGUGUUACGAUUGUAGAAGCUGAUCCUAAGCCGUUGGUAAUGACCCAAGUGAUAGCCAAUAAACCUACCGUCUCAUUGUCUUGUAAUGUCACAAGUCCAUACCCAGUCCGUUCGUGUAAAUUCCGUGACCCAUCUGGUCGCGUCUUAUUAGCUAAUGAAGGUGUUGGGGAAAGUAGAUAUACCUUCCAUGGAGCUGGUACCAGCUAUAAAUCUGACCUCCACACACAUGAUUGCGGUAUCCUGAUCACAGGUCCUCUCACCCGAGACUUGGGUCUUUGGCGUUGUGCUGUAGAAACUGAAGGGGAGACCUAUUACGGAUUUUUAGGUGUAUUUUGUCCCUGGGCUAUGAGAGACCCUGAAGUAGUAGCUGCAAUUGUUACCGAGCCUACUCUAACAGCAGACAGACCUGUGGUUAACAGUGUGGUGGGUGACAGUGUCACCAUGACAUGCUCAGUCCAGUCCGCCAUUCGCUACUGUUACUUCCGAGCUCGAAACGGCACCGUAUUCAAUGUCGGACCUACCGAUUCGCAUGACCAAGCUACAUACGUUGGAGCUGGGUUCGAUGCUGGAGAGUGCGGCAUCAGGUUCCCAAGCCUUGCCGUCUCUGACACUGGUAGCUGGGGUUGCCACGUUGGUCUCGCAGAUGUUCAAGAAGCAGAACAACGUGCUCGGAUUGAAGUUAAUGUGCAAGACGCGAUGACAGCUAACCAGCGCAUGGAGCGUAAAAAUUUGAUAGUGGAAGCACAGAUCUACGACCGAAGAGCACUUGAAUACUGUCGAUUUGUGCGUAUUGAUGGCUUAGGUUUCACAACAAAUACUAUUCCCGAAAGAUACACCGACUUAUCCAUUCUCCGAGACGGCUAUUGUGGUAUAGCUAUAAAGGAACCUACAAUCCUAGAAAACCAUCCUUGGACUGUAGUUGCCAGGAUCCGGGGACAGGAUGUUGAAUUAUCUAGAGUAACACCCAUUACUCUUGCCGGUCCCAAUCCCCCUCCAGAAGGUGGUGUUAUAUAUUACCGUCUACCAGUCACAUGGAUCAUAGUUAUGGUAGUCGGUUUGGUAAUGGUGGUAUUGGCAUUUUUCCUUGGACCGAAAAAUAACAGACGUUGGGCAUAUGCAAGAGCCAGUACCAUAAGAAACAGUUUCAUCAGGAAGACGGUUGAACAGCAGAACAACCAACCAACUAAGGUCACCGCCACAGCUGCUUAGUUUCACAGAUAUAUGAUUCCUCUAAAGUAAACUAAACUUCAUUCAAAUUCGUUCAAAACAUGAAUUAACAGAUAACUAAAAAGCAUCUACAUCAUCGAUAAUUUUAAUUCCAAUUAUUUCGUAAUUUUUUAGAUUUCAAAUUAAGAAUGAUUAAGACAAUUAGUGUGUUUGACAGAAUUCUUUUUAAAAAUCGCCCUCUUCUCGAUGGUUGCUUUUUUGACGUUUGUAUGUACUUAUUAUACAUUACAGUAAUAAAGUUAUGCAUAGGACUUCACGUGGCAACAUAUAGCUCAUUAAUUAUUAUUUUUUAUAUAAAUAAAGUUUAUAGUUGUUACUCUACAUUUUUAAAUUGUUAAUCAAUAUAAAUUUAUACACCAUUCAUAAUAAAAAUGUGAAAAUGUU